AUGACAGUAGUUGUUGUCCUUAGGAAACUGGGAGUGAAAGGAGUAGAGAUAAAGAAGCCUGAACAACUUGAUAAUGUCUCGUCCCUUAUCAUCCCCGGUGGAGAGAGCACAACCAUGGCCAAACUAGCAGAAUAUCAUAACUUGUUUCCUGCUCUACGAGAAUUCGUCAAUACAGGAAAACCUGUUUGGGGCACAUGUGCAGGGCUUAUAUUCUUGGCAAAUAAAGCUGUUGGUCAAAAACUUGGUGGGCAAGAACUAAUAGGUGGUCUUGAUUGUACUGUUCAUCGUAAUUUCUUUGGUAGUCAGAUUCAGAGUUUUGAAGCUGAGGUUGAAGUACCGGAGAUUGCAGUUAAAGAAGGCGGGCCUCCGACAUUUCGUGGAGUGUUCAUUCGUGCACCUGGUGUUCUUGAAGUGGGUCCUGAUGUUCAAGUGCUAGCUGAUUAUCCUACUGCAAAUGCAAAUGCAAAUGAAGAUGAAAAUGAUGACAAUAAGAAGAAGAAGGUCAUAGUUGCUUUGAAGCAAGGGAAUUUACUAGCAACUGCAUUCCAUCCUGAACUAACUUCAGACACUAGAUGGCAUAGCUAUUUCUUGAAGAUGGUGGUUGAGGAUGGAAGAACUUCAAUAGCUUCUCAUGGUGUUGAAGAAGAAUUGAACCUGUUUCAGCAACAACAGUCUAACAAACCCGACUUACCCGACUUGCCAGUAUUUUAAUCAACAAAGAAGUUCAUCAUCAUCAUCUAGAGCAUACAAUUGUUACUACAAGGUACUUGCUUUAUAAAUCAAAUUAAGAGAAUAAAAAAAACUAUGAUUUUCCUUAAGUUUGAUUAUCUAAUAUACUUUUGUUGGGUAGGAUUGAUUGUUCUGUAUAAUUAAGAUGUUAGGACAUUGAGAAACUUAUAUAGAAGCGAAAUGCAUCACACAUCGAAUCAUAAUUCUCAUUUUUA